GCACGUGGGGCCGUUGGGCGGCGGCUUUGAACGGGCGGCCGGGCCGCGGCCAUGGAAGGGGCUGCGGGCGGGCAGCGGGCGCUGCUCCGGCAGGUGCUGGGCUGGCGAGUGGCCGCCGCCGUGACCUGGUCCGUGCUGCUGCUGCCCUUCUGCACUGCGGCCUUCAUCGUGCUCAGCGGCCUCGACCCGUUCCACCCGGUGCGCUGGAUCUCCAAUUCUUUCAAUGAUUUGUACACUUCUUAUGUCAUCUUUUGUAUCUUCCUGAUGUCUGUGGUGAUAAUAGUAAUAAGCAUCUUCAACGUUGAAUUUUAUGCAGUUGUGCCAUCGAUACCAUGCUCUCGAUUAGCACUGAUAGGAAAAAUUAUUCACCCUCAGCAAGUGAUCCAUUCCUUUGUUCAUGCUAUCAUGGGAAUGCUGGUUGCUUGGUGUGCUACAGUCAUGACCAAAGGGAGGUUCCAGUUUCUUGCUGUGUCCUGCACGCCCUCAGAAAGCCUAGAAGAUGCUGUUUCUCAGAUGUGCCUAAAUGAGUAUCACCUCUUCUUUCUUCUUUCUGGAGCUUUCUUGGGAUACAGCUACAGCCUUUUCUUUCUUAUUAACAACAUGAAUUAUUUGCCAUUUCCAAUCAUACAGCAAUACAAGUAUUUACGUUUCAGAAGAUCUUUGCCUCUCCUGAUAAAACACAGUUGUGUGGAAUCACUAUAUUUUGUUAGAAACUUCUGUGUCGCAUAUUACUUUUUUGGUUAUAUCCCAAAGGUAUGGAUAUGUACCACAAUGGGUCUUCAUACAGACAGUAAAUUACAUCCUCUUGACACUCUGAGUGGCUUAUUGGAUCUCUCCUUGUUUUACCAUACCUGGCUGAGUGGUGUGUUCCUUCUGAUGACCUGGUACAUUGCUUGGCUGCUCUUCAAAAUCUAUGCCACAGAGAGUCAUCAUUUUCCCAUUCAACCAACAUUUGCUCAGGAGACAGACCAGUGCCUGCCUAAAAUCUUAAACAGCAAUCCUCCCCUCCUUAUAAAGUUUCUGGCCUUACAAGACUUGAUGUUACUUUCCCAGUAUUCUCCUCUUCGACGACAGGAAGUCUUUAGCCUCAGUCAGCCAGGUGGGCACCCACACAACUGGACUGCAAUAUCCCGGGAGUGUUUGAGUCUCCUCAGUGACCUGACUCAGAGGCUGAUUGCACAGCAAGAAGCAGCAGCAGCAAAUGGGAGAGCAAAGCCACCAGUGGGAGAGCUGAAAGUACCUCCACAGACUCCAGGAGCUGCUGGGAUAGAAGACAUGUCAUUCCAGUCACAGAGGUCCAGCAUUGUUCUCAGAGCCUCCAUGUCUCCACUGGUUAAGCCAUCCCUGAUGCCUGUGAAGACGUCUCCUGGCUCUGAUGUUGGUUCACCUUUCAGCUCUCCUGCUUUAAGUUACAAGAUGGGAGUUGUGGACGUAAAGUCUCCUUGGCAUGGAACGGUUCAAAGUCCCCAUGUCACGAGGAGGGGACCAAAGCUGUGGACGUCAGUUUCAGAUCAGCAAAUGAAUGGUUCCCACCAUGAAUCCUCACCAGUGCUCUCUGCUGCAAGAACUGGCAGCGAGGCAGUGCAGCCAAGAUUUAUUUACACAUGGCUUCAGAACAAGCAGGAACAGAUAAAAAACUUCUUGUCCAAACGGGCAUUGAUAAUGUAUUUCUUCAGCAAGCACCCAGAAGCCUCCAUCCAGGCUGUCUUCUGUGAUGCCCAAAUGCACAUCUGGGCUUUGGAAGGUCUGUCUCACUUGGUAGCAGCCUCCUUCACUGAAGACCAGUUUGGAGUUGUCCAAACUACACUGCCAGCUAUCUUGAACACAUUACUGACUCUUCAGGAGGUUGUAGACAGACAUUUCAAACUGCCACAUGUUUCCAGCAAACCUCCCCGGAUUUCAGGGAGCCUGGUGGACACAUCCUACAAAACACUACGAUUUGCACUUAGAGCGUCUCUGAAAACAGCCCUCUACAGGAUAACUACUGUCUUUGGAGAACACUUGAAUGCUGUACAAGUGUCUACAGAACAUAAGAAAAGACUUCAGCAAUUCCUGGACUACAAAGAAUAAAUUUUGAUGCACCUACGAGGACCCAGGAUUUGAGGAUGGCCAUGGUGUUAGUUAUGUUGGUGUGAUGUGGCUGUGUAGUGACAGGGUGUCUCUAAGGUUUGGGUAAAAGAGAAACCCCUGAAUCUCCAGUGAGAACUGCAUAUUGCUUUCUUCAGUACAGAGAGGUAAUUUUUUUGUAAGGCAGACAUUGCAGAUGUUAGACUUGGUAGUGAAAAUGAGAAUUAUAUUGUUCUUUUUGCAUUGAGAUGGCUCGUAGCAAACACAGUAACAUGAUAGAUCAUCUUUCAAAAUGUUUAAAGGUUAAGCUAAAGCUUCCCCACGCUUGACUUCUACCACAGCUAGAAGCCUCUUGACUGCCUGACUUAUUUAAUAAUUUAAUUUGCAUAUUUUUUGGCAUUGCAAGGUGCACCUGAUGCUGUAGCUGGUACCUCAGGUGUAACUGGUAAACCAAAUACUGCAGAUGAACGUUUCAAAUAAAUUUUUCAGAGUUUUGAACAGGUGCAGUAUUUUUUUAAUUGCUGUGGUAUUUUCUGCAACACUCCCACAGCCAUAAACUGCAAGUUCUAAUUAAAUGUUACAGUUCUGAACAACAGGCUUAAAAUGUAGAUGACUUUUUGAUGGCAUAGUGGUUGAGGUCUGUCCUUGUGUUGCAGCAAAGAUUUGCGCAUAUCUGCUAAUGUGUGUGUGAUUCAAAGCAUUCUCCCUAUGACAGAAAACCUUUCAAAAGCUGAUUGCUUUGUGGUUUCUUUAACAGCUGCAAUAUUUAAAGAGCUGAAGACUUUUUUUUUUUAAGCCUUAACUUAAAAGUGCAUCUUUAACAAUAUCUCAUGCCUGUGAAUCACAGUGUACAAGAAUAUGAAGUGUAUGUUGGGUGCCCUUUGAAGUUGAGUAACUGGUAACAUAUUACUCUGGCUUUGGCUUUGGGAAUAAUUCUAUUCCCCUGGCAAACUGUGGUGGUAUUUCAAGUCCUUUUGUAGACUUUUGUCUUAACAUAAGAAUCAGUCUGUGAAACCUCUGUGAGGUAGGGGAAGAGUCUCCUGAGUUCAUUUCUGCAUUCUGGGUACUAAGGGAAAAAUAAAGCCUUUUUACACCUGG